CCUGAGCCCAGCCCUACUAGGCUCGCAGGCUCCUCUCUGCCAGACACAGCCAGCGGGCAGCGGGCGCUGCGUCACCAUGCCCAGCAUCUUCGCCUACCAGAGCUCCGAGGUGGAUUGGUGCGAGAGCAACUUCCAGCAUUCGGAGCUGGUGGCCGAGUUCUACAACACGUUCAGCAAUGUCACCUUCUUCAUCUUUGGGCCUCUCAUGAUGUUCCUGAUGCACCCCUAUGCCCAGAAACGCUCCCGCUCCAUUUAUGCCCUCUGUGUCCUCUUCAUGGUCAUAGGCCUGUUCUCCAUGUACUUCCACAUGACGCUCAGCUUCCUGGGCCAACUGCUGGACGAGAUCUCUAUUCUGUGGUUGCUGGCUGGUGGCUACAGCAUAUGGAUGCCCCGCUGCUACUUUCCCACCUUCCUAGGGGAAAACAGGCCCCAGUUUAUCUGCCUGGUUGUCAUCGCCACCAUGGUCAGUACCUUCCUGUCCUUCCUGAGGCCUACGGUGAACGCAUAUGCCCUCAACAGCAUCGCCGUGCAUAUCCUCUACAUCGUGUUCCAGGAGUACAAGAAGACCAGUAAUAAGGAGCUUCGACAUCUCAUUGAGGUCUCCGUGGUUUUGUGGGCUUUUGCAUUGACCAGCUGGAUCAGUGACCGCUUCCUUUGCAGUUUCUGGCAGCAGAUUAAUUUCUCCUACAUGCACAGCAUCUGGCAUUUGUUCAUCAGCAUCACCUUCCCUUAUGGCAUGGUCACCAUGGCCUUGGUGGACGCCAGGUAUGAGAUGCCAAACCAAACCCUCAAAGUCCGCUACUGGCCUCGGGACACGUGGCCCGUGGGGCUGCCCUACGUGGAAAUCACUGGUGACCACAAGAACUGCUGAAGUCUGCCGGUCUCUGGACUCCCCAACCACCAGCCAACUCACCUGUGUCUUGAGGAGAGAGGCUUAGAUCGGGAGUCUGAGAGCACACACAGUUCUUCCUCCAGCUCCCUUUCCUCAUCCUCCUUGUCCUGCAUGACCCCACUCCAAGGCAGGGGAUGGACAUCAAGACUUCUCAGAGCAGCAGACUGAUGACCCUGCAGGGCUGCCAGGCAUAGCUCCCCUUCCUGACCUGCCCUGUUCUCUUUCAUCUCCUCCUCAUGCUUGUGUUCACUGCCACCCUGUUGUCACACAACCUGGAGGGACUAGAUGACCAGCUGCUAUGAUUACAUGGCUUCUACUGGGAUGACCUCUACUGGGGCUUG